AAAUCGUCUGAAGAAGAAGACAACUUUCCACAGCUAAAGGGUUUGAGAGACAGAAACAGGAAAACAGAGCGAGUAAGAUAAAUGGAAAGACAAUGUGAAGAAGGAGAAAUGGAGACAAAACUGAGACGAAGUUUCAUGGGCUAUAGUAGGAGAGCUGGUCCUUCUACUCCUCCACCCACGUGGCGGCUCGAGUUUUCGCCGCCGCGAGUCGGAGCUUCCUCCGCCGUCGUCGAGUCGAAGGAGUUUUUGGCGAAUUCAGAGGUUUCUGUCCGGAAAUUGUGUGCUGAUAUGUGGGAAACUGAACAAUUCCGGCAAAGAAUUGAGCUGCGACAUUGUCGACGAAGGGAUUCAGAUGUUGAAUCACAUUCCCGUAGUCCGCUUCACGAUCAUCAGCCACCAAGCAGAGGUAGCUUGAGGAGACAAAUUGCAGCAACUGAUAAUCAUAGAAAUGGUGAUCUAUUGCAACCAAUCUCUCCUGCAAGUUGUAGCAGUAGUUCAUUGGAGGUUGUGGUGCGUAAGCCAGCGUUUAGUCAGACAGGUUCUUCGGCGGUUAAGUCUGCGAGCUAUGGUUUGGGUUCCUCUACAAAGCUUCUCAAGGUGCUAAACCGGAUAUGGAGUCUCGAAGAACAGAAUACUGCUAAUAUGUCUUUGGUUAGGGCUCUAAAGAUGGAGUUAGAUGAAUGUAGAGCCGAGAUUAAGGAGGUGCAGCAGCGGGAGAAGCAAAGCGAUAGGCGACUGAGGAAGAAUAAAGAAGAAGAAGAGGUAAAAGAUGUCUUUCGAUCGAUAAAGAGGGAGUUAGAUGAUGAGAGAAAAGACAGAAAGCAGUCAGAGACUUUGCACCGGAAGCUAACACGAGAGCUUUGUGAAGCGAAGCAUUGUUUAUCAAAAGCUUUGAAAGAUCUUGAAAAGGAGAGACAAGAACGUGUUGUUGUGGAAAAUCUCUGCGAUGAGUUUGCAAAAGCGGUUAAAGAUUAUGAAGAUAAGGCGAGAAGAAUUGGGAAUAAGUCACCAGUGAGUGAUAAAGUAAUUGUGCAGAUUGCAGAAGUGUGGAAUGACCAGAGAUUACAAAUGAAGCUAGAGGAAGAUGAUAAAACAUUUUUGCGAGCUAAGGAGAAGAGUAGAUCACAGUCAAGUAAAGGAAGUGGCUUGAGAGCAAAAUCAGAUGAUUCGGUAUCUAUGCAUCAAAGGGUUUGCUUGAAGGAACUUGAAGAAGGGCUUGAAAAGCGAACAAGAAGAGAUAACAAGUUGCAGCUUAAGAAGAUUAGCUCAGGCCAAGUUCUUAAUCUAUCUAUGUCUUCGGAAGGAGAUAAGAUUCAUCCAGAGAGUAGUCCAAGGAACGUUGACGAUCAUGAGAGUCAAGAAAAGUCUAGAACUUUCUCGAAGAUUCUUCCGAGAAAUGUGAAUGCGAUGAUCAGAGAAGAUAAUCAUCGUACUCUCAAGGAUAAGCUGAUGGAAGCUCGUGUCGAGAGUCGACGUUUACGUUCUUCUUUGAAAGCAGAGUGAUCCGGUUCAAGCAUGAACCAAUUUGAUAACUCGUGUCUCAUGUUGGAGUAAUUAUUUGGUUGUGGUUAAUAUUAAUGCUCGUUAAAAAACCACGCUAAACACU